AUGGAGAAGGCUCAGCUGGCUGUCGCUCUCCUGGCAGUCUGUGUGAUCGCCCCGGCCCCGGCCAUGAAGUACUACUAUAUGAAGAUUAAUAUGACCUGGGCUGGUGCUCAGAAGUACUGCAGGUCGAUCUUCGGUGACCUGGCCACUGUGAGCGGCCAGGCAGACCUGGAUCGGCUCCAGGAGGCAGCAGGGAGGCCAGGCGCACUGGCCGCCUGGAUCGGGCUGUAUAGGGAGACGCAGAACUGGCAGUGGUCCAAUGGACAGGAGGUUACUUUCCACGGCUGGAAAAGAGUCCUGUUCUGUGCCCUGGUUAACACGGAGGGCACUCUGGAAGACGCACUGUGCCAUGCUAAUCAUUACUUCAUGUGCUACACAGACUCCAGCCGGGGCUCCAGGACCUACACCCUGAUUAAGCAGAGCAAGACCUGGGCAGCCGCUCGAGAUCACUGCAGACAGCAGCACACUGACCUGGUCACCAUCAGCAGCCCCAGAGAGAAUGAGGCAGUGAGGGAGGCGGCGCAGGGCAGCGUCUUCUGGAUCGGGCUGUUCAACCAGCCCUGGGAGUGGUCCGACGGUAGCAAUUUUACCUUUUCGUACUGGAACGAGACGCAGCCAAACAACUGGGAAUUCACACAGAGCUGCUCAGACCUGUAUUUCAGCAACUGGUCAAGAGGGCAGUGGAAUGAUGGAGGCUGCUUGGAUACAUACCCCUUCAUCUGCUGCGAUGGUCCUGUGCUUCCGAAAUCAUGCCAGUUUGUUUCACAGGCCAAGUCAUGGCAGGAGGCUCACAGCUACUGCAGGGCAGAUAACAGGCACCUGGCUUCCAUACACAGCCAGGAGGAACAUGAUCAGCUUUUACAGACUUCGGGCUUUUGUCAUUGUAUAACCUGGAUCGGGCUGUACCACGGUAAGGAGAACUGGCAGUGGGUCAGCGGAGAGAGGGCCAGCUAUGCCAACUGGAAGACCCGGCUCUUCUGCGCCACCGCUGGUCCGGAUGGGUACUGGACAGAUGUCGUCUGUGAUGAGCUGCACUACUUCAUGUGUUACACAGACUCCAGCCAGGGCUCCAGGACCUACACCCUGAUUGAGCAGAACAAGACCUGGGCAGCCUCUCGAGAUCACUGCAGACAGCAGCACACUGACCUGGUCACCAUCAGCAGCCCCAGCGAGAACCAGGCAGUGAGGGAGGCGGCGCAGGGCAGCGUCUUCUGGAUCGGGCUGUUCAAUGAGCCCUGGGAGUGGUCCGACGGGGGAGACUCGUCAUUCCGAAACUGGGCGAGAGGGGAACCAAAAAACUUAGCUGACAGUGAGAAGUGUGUACUUCAGAGCCUGGAGAGCGGCAGUCAGUGGAAUGACGUCACAUGCCAGACUCUGCAACCGUUCUUCUGUCAACACGACUUUCAGUUGGUCCUGGUGAAGGAGAACAGGAGCUGGGAGGAGGCGCUGGACUACUGCAGGACUCACCACACUGACCUCACCAGCCUCCUCUCUCAGACGGAGCAGGACCUCGCCGCCCUGGAGGUGGAAGGCGCCCGGUCUCCCCACGUGUGGCUGGGCCUCAGGCAGAGCUUCGUAUCCGGCUCCUGGUUCUGGGUGAACAGGGAGCCCCUGAGGUACACUGCGUGGGCCCGGGGAGAGCAGCCCCAGUGCCCCAAGUCGGGCCGCUGUGGAGCCAUGUCCACUGAGACCUCCAGCUGGGCCGCGCUGGGCUGUGAGGAGAAGCUCAACUUCCUCUGCUACACAGCUUAGUGUCUCCAGAGACCCCCAGGCAGAGUCUGACAGCAGCAGCAUCUCCCCAGGCACAGGCAGGAGGACUGGGCAGCUCUGGGGCUCUGGGAGCUGUGACUCUGGUGCCCUCUGCUGGCCCAGGCUCAGUUUUACAGCCCAUUGGAGAUGAUAGUUUCUAAAAUUUUGCAUUUCUGUGAGAGUAGGUUUCCUAAUAUGCAAGCUUUAUAGAUUUUAGAAUUUUUGUUAUUAACAUACUUUGCAAUUUUAAAGGGAGAUGUUCAGAGCUCUUUGCUCUUGAGCAUUUACCCCAUAUUUUCAAAGUUGUAAUACAGAAAUGUACCUAGAUAUUAUAAUUGUAGAAUUUCAGCUCUGGGGAAAAAAAUGGAAACUUUUAAGUGGGGUCAAGAAACUUUCUCUGUGCUUCAUCAAGAGAUGAAGAAACUAGACAAACUCUGAAAAGUCACACUGUAAAUGUACUUAAUUUGACUUAAUCUGCUGUGUGUGAUCAGUGGUUUAGAUCUUUUGUUUUCAUUAGUUUUCUUACAUUUCUGAUUUCUGAUGAUACCCCCCCCCAUGAUGGGUCUUUCAAGGGUGGAGGUGAGGAUGUGGGCUUCCUGGGAGGAAGACACUGGAACUCUUCACUGAGCAGAAAGCUGUGCUUCUCGUCCAGCUUUGUGAAGUGUGAAUGAUGCUGUAACACACCAAUGAAACGACUGUGCGUCUGCUGGGCUCGUCACUGACAAUAAACAGGCUCUCUGCUUCGGCUCCGGUCACUGUAACCACAGGACUUGUGUGCGGGUGAUAAUCAAAC